AUGAAUCAUGCACGAAGUGAACAUACGGCAUCCGUAUUAAUAAAUGGAAGAGUGUUAGUUACUGGUGGAUAUAGUAGUGACAAUUGGGUGAAUAGUGCUGAGUUAUAUGAUUCAUCAACAGAAACUUGGACACCUACUGCUAGUAUGAUUAUGCCACGAGGUAGACACACAGCAUCCAUAUUAACAAAUGGAAAGCUGUUAAUUGUUGGUGGACAUAUUAGUGUUGAUGUCUUAAAUAGUACUGAGCUGUAUGAUCCAUCAACAGAAACGUGGACAUCUACUGCUAACACGAUUAAACCACGAACUAGCCACACAACAUCCGUAUUAACGAAUGGAAAAGUGUUAGCUGCUGGUGGAGAUAUCAAUUUUGAUGCUCUAGAUAGUGCUGAAUUGUAUGAUCCUUCAACAGGAACGUGGACACCUACUGCUAGCAUGAUUAUGCCACGAGCUAGCCACACAGCAUCCGUAUUAACGGAUGGGAAAGUGUUAGUUGCUGGUGGAGAUAACUCUUUUGAUACUUUAAAUAGCGCUGAAUUGUAUGAUCCUUCAACAGGAACAUGGACACUUACUGCUAACAUGAUUAAACCACGAGCUAGUCACACAGCAUCUGUAUUAACGAAUGGGAACGUGUUAGUUACUGCUGGAUUUGAUAAUAAUGCUCUGAAUAGUGCAGAAUUAUAUGAUCCUUCAACAGGAACGUGGACAACUAUUGAUAGCAUGAAUCAUGCACGAGCUAGCCACACAGCAUCCGUAUUAAUGAAUGGGAAAGUGUUAGUUACUGGUGGAGCUGAUGGUAGUGUGGUUUUGAACAGUGCAGAACUGUAUUAA